GAGGAGACCGGGAGCGGAUGACAGCUAAUCAUGAGACGUACCUUCUUAUGGCGAGCACGCAGAAUGACAUGGAGGAUUGGGUGAAAUCCAUUCGGCGGGUUAUAUGGGCACCAUUUGGAGGAGGUAUUUUUGGCCAGAAGCUGGAAGAUACUGUCCGAUAUGAAAAGCGAUAUGGGAACCGCCUGGCUCCUAUGUUGGUGGAACAGUGUGUGGAUUUUAUCCGACAGCGGGGACUGAAGGAAGAAGGCCUUUUUCGACUGCCUGGGCAGGCUAAUCUUGUCAAGGAGUUACAGGAUGCAUUUGACUGUGGAGAGAAACCUUCUUUUGACAGCAAUACAGAUGUGCACACGGUGGCAUCACUGCUUAAGCUGUACCUAAGGGAACUCCCAGAACCAGUCAUACCAUACGCAAAAUACGAAGAUUUUCUUUCCUGUGCCAAAAUGCUCAGCAAGGAGGAAGAAACGGGCCUGAAAGAACUGGUGAAGCAAGUGAAGAGCCUGCCAGCUGUCAAUUAUAAUCUGCUGAAAUAUAUCUGUAGAUUCCUUGAUGAAGUCCAGUCUUAUUCAGGCAUAAACAAAAUGAGUGUGCAAAAUCUGGCUACCGUUUUUGGCCCCAACAUCCUUCGCCCCAAAGUGGAAGAUCCUCUGACUAUCAUGGAGG